GUCGAAGAAAAAUGUCAUCGCUCGACGAUUCGGAAGUCAUUACAAAGUGGUACGAGGAGUAUGAAAAAGCAGAGUCUCCAAGCGAACAUGGAGUGAAAUGGAUGUUAUCGAUUUGAAAACCGAAGCUAAGAAAUGCCUUGACUCGGAAAGUGCAGCUUACCAUUUAAAGCAAUCGAGAAUGUAUAAUUCGGAAUAUUCUUGGUUAAAAACAGCAUUAUCGAGGGGAACGAUAUCGGAUAAAGUGGCUGCUGGCAUUGUUAUGAUUCAGAAUAGUCCUAAGUACAAUUUAAAUCAGCUUACUAUAUUAAUAUCACAAGUUAAAAUUGCCAAACAUAAUCAGUGCAGUACGAUUAUCGACGCUAUAAAAGAUCUCUUUUUGAACGAUUUGCUCCAUCCAAAAUUUAAACUCUUAAAAUUUGAGGAGCAAGAUCUGGACAAACUGGAUAGCGUAGACGCAUCCUAUCAAGACGAUAACAUUAAUUUGAAAAAUAGAAAAGCGACCUCUAAGAACAAGCUUCUAGGCAUUUGGUAUUUCGAGGAUCAAUUAAAGGACAUUUACGAACGCUUUGUUAUUUCAUUAUCGAAUAUAGUGAACGAUACGGUCGAUUUAAAUAGAGAAAAGGCCAUAUCAGUGAUGACGGAACUGCUAAUAGGUAACUCGGAACAAGAGCACAAACUUCUCGACUUAAUAAUAAACAAAAUUGGCGACCCUAGCAGUAAGGUAGCUUCGAAGACUGUCUUUUCUCUUACCAAACUCUUAUACAAGCAUUCUAACAUGAAAUUAGUUGUUCUGCAAGAAGUUGAAAAGCUAUUAUUCAGAAACAAUGUCUCUCAGAGAACUCAGUACUUUGCAAUAUGCUUGUUAACGCAAUUUGUACUCUUCAAGGAAGACACUGCGAUUGCCACAAAUCUCAUCAACGUGUAUUUUGCAUUUUUUAACGCAUGUUUAAAAAGGGGCGAACCCGAUACCAGAAUGAUGGGUGCAAUAUUAACCGGUGUAAAUAGGGCGUAUCCCUUCGCUGACAUAAAUUCCACGCAACUGAAUAAGCACAUAGAUUCUAUUUAUCGAGUUGUCUAUUACGGUUCUUUCAACGUAUCCCUCAGCGCUCUUAAUUUAUUAUUCCAAGUUGUUAGUAAGAACGCCGAUCAGUCGGACAGGUUUUACUCGACCUUCUACCGUAAGCUCUUCAAUUCUCAAAUUGGAAUAUCAAGCAAGCGGGCAAUAUUCUUAAAUUUAUUAUUCAAGGUCUUGCGCAGCGAUCAGAGCCAACUGAGAAUGCAUGCAUUUAUUAAAAGAAUUCUGCAAAUUUGCACGUAUUUCCCAGCCAAUAUGACAUGCGCCACUUUAUACGUUAUAUCGCAAGUGUUACAUUUAAAGAAACGUACGAAAAAUAUUUUAAUCGUCUCGAGAAAGACGAUAAAUAGCGACACAGAAAUAGAGUCGAACGACAAGUCGGAUGAAGUCGAUGAUAAUAAAGGGAACGAUGUCGCGGCUAUGAAAGAAGAGAGUACGAUAGUCUUAUCAAAUGUAAUAACAGAGACCGGAGAAGAAAACGUUAAUGACGAUGAGAAGCUGAAAAAUGGAGAAAUAAAAUUAGAAAUAAAGACCAAGGUUUAUGAUCCUUUUAUAAGAAAUCCGCUCCACUGCGGUGCGCAUCUAAGUUUUUAUUGCGAAUUGAAAGGGCUUGCAAAACAUUUUCAUCCGAGUGUAUCUUUAUUUGCAAAAAUGAUUUUGGAAGGGAAGCAUAUACGAUACACGGGAGAUCCUCUCGAAGACUUGAGUUUAAUUCGAUUUUUGGAUCGUUACGUAUUCAAAAAUCCAAAGAAACUUGAAAGUAAAAAGGUGAGUAGAAAAAACGAUCCACUGGCCCAAAGAGCAGCUUACACACCACGAGGCAUUCGAGCGAUUCCAGUGAAUAGCUCAUUAUACAUUAAGGAGAGAGAGGAUCGCAUACCCGUCGACGAGCUAUUUCUUUAUCAAUACAUGCAAAAGCAGAAGGAGUUUAAGGGGAUUAAAAAAUUGACGAGCCGUGUCGAAGAGGACAACGAGAGCGUGAAUAGCGAGGAUUUCAAUGAUAUGCUCGAUCAAAUGAGUAAGAGGAAAUCCCUCGACGAUUUAGAUAUAGCCGGUGAUCUCGUACCGCGGAAGAUAACGAAAGAAAACGACGAUGAUAUGGAGAGCGAGGAUAGCGACUCGUCGGUGGAGGAAGAAUUAAACGAAGAACUUAAUAAUCUAAGCGAUUUAGACAGUAUCGAUGACGAUUUAAGUGACAUGGAAUUUAACGAUGAGGACGAGGACGAGAACGAGGACGAAGAAGGCGUCGUCCAACAGUCAGCCUCGGGUAAACGAAAAAUGAAUAAAGUGGUUAAAAACAUCGGUAAGAAGCUUAAAGGCUUGGACGACAAUACGUUCGUGUCUGCGGAGCAAUUUGCGGAAAUGCUGGAAGAGCAGGGACACGCGAAAUUCAAGUACGGUGCAAGUAGUUUGUACAGUGAUCGCGAUGGUGCUAGCGCGAAGCAACUGGAUUGGGAGACUGAGCGUAACGAGCGGAUUUCGGGCUUCCGUGGCGGAAGGAAGGCGACAGUCGCCAAAUCAGCUAAUAAGUUCAAGGGCAAAAAAGCCUUUACGAAACGUCAGAAAGCUGUGAAACGAAAAAAAUGAAAAUAUUUUACAAGAUAUCAAAAUACUUU